UCCGCGCUCUGCUGAUGCUCAUCCGCCACUUGCAUCAGCACCAUUUCUGGCAUCCUCAUUAGGCAGACGCGCUGAGAGAGCCUACCCACCUCGCCGGAGCGGAGAGAGAGGCGUGAGACUUGUCGCUACAGCAGCUCACAGUGCGGAGGCCCCGCAGUCGACGCGUCGCUGCCCCAGAACCAGCUGAAGAGGAAGCCGUCACAAAGCACAGCUAGCCCACUCUUAGUAAUGGAGAGCCUGUUGGAUAAUCCGAUGAAAGCCGUUCUGUACCUGAAGGAACUCACCACCAUCGUCCAGAACCAGCAGAGCCUGAUCCAGACGCAGCGCCAACGCAUCGACGAACUCGAGCGAAAGGUGGAGGACCUGAUCGGGGAGAACCGACAGCUGCGGGACCCCCACCUCUACGUCCAGCAGCCGCCCUCUCAGCAUCACCACCAACACCAACACCAACACCACCACCCGGCUCAGCGGAGCGCCAGUCCCCAAGCGCCGGCCCACCUCCAUCAGCACCCCUUGAGUGUCACCAAGGCAGCGGCUCACCUUGGCCAGCAGCUGCCGCCGCCUCAGCAGCAGCAGCAGCCGCCUCCUUCUCCUCAGCAACAGCAAAUUGUCCAUCAGACAGCCCAGCCUCAGCAGCAGCACCCGACUCCCCCUGCGCCGUCUUCCCACCACCCACAGCAGCUGCAGCUCGUCCCCACCUCGCCGCAGUCGCCCAAAGUGAGCAAAGCCGGCUCCGAGUCCGCCGAGGACGACAAGAGGAGCGCCUGCUGCAAGUCUCUGGUUCCGCAGACUCCAAGCACUCUGUGCCGCUCGGUUGGACUGGCCAGGAAAGCAGACAACCAAACAGUUCUUCACCAGUUCUGCUGCCCAGCGCCAGAGGCCCCUGAGGCGGAGACCUCCACUGCCUUUGUCCCCAGCGAUGAACUUUCCCUGGACUCAUCUGUGGGGCAGGAAGGGAAGGGAGGUGAGGGGGAGCCGCAGGGUGAGGACCAGUCACAACCAGAACCAGAACCACCACAGCAACAGCCGCAACAGCAGGAACAAAAGCCUGAACCCCAGACUCUGCCAUCACAGCCCCAGCCUGAGCCAGAGCCCCAGGCUGAACCUCAGCCACAGUUGGAAGUUGAACCCCAAUCCGAACCUGAACCCGAGCCUUCACCAGAGCCUGAUCCUCCGCCCCAAGAUGAGUCUGUGACCAAUGCCGUGCCACAGGACCCUCCUGAAGCCCCGUCGCCUUGCCGUGAGGAGAAGAUGGCGGUUGAGGCAGAGAAUCACAAAUCAGAGGAGGUUGCUGAGGCAAAGACAAGACAUGAAAGAGAUGAAGUGCAAGGUGAGAGCGGCGAAGGCCAGCCAACGCAAGGGGAAGAGGACGAGGAAGAGGGAGGAGCAAAAGGAGGCGGUGCAGGCAGAAGGGCCAGUCUACAUCACACAGCCUCACCCCUGAGGGUGCAGCGCAAUGGGGCCGGAUCACACUCCGCCUCCUCUGACUAUGAGCUCUCACUUGACCUCAAAAACAAGCAGAUCGAAAUGUUAGAGCACAAAUACGGCGGCCACCUCAUCUCUCGCCGUGCUGCCUGCAAGAUCCAGACUGCCUUCCGCCAGUACCAGCUCAGCAAAAACUUUGAGAAGAUCCGCAACUCUCUCCUGGAGAGUCGCCUGCCCCGACGCAUCUCCCUGCGCAAAGUCCGUGUGCAAAACACAGAGGGGUUCUCUGCUGAACGGGCCCUGGCAGAAGGCUGCAACUUGGCAGGCAUUCCUUUGGUGCGCUCGCCGUCUUUGCCCGCCUCUGUUGGCAGCACGUUGACCGACCUGGAGGACUCCUUCACAGAACAGGUCCAGUCACUGGCAAAGUCUAUUGAUGACGCACUCAGCAACUGGAGCCUGAAGACCAUGUGUUCGCUGCACGAAGGCGGCGCCUAUCAGUUCAGCACCGACUCCUUCAAUGCAGCAGCAUCGGCCGCUUCGGGUGUGGAAGGGAGCGGCGAAGGUGGUAGUGUGGGACAAACAGCAGUUCAUCAGAGUCCAGUUGACCCAAAUGACCUGUCAAGAAGUGCAAGUAAGCUGAUGAUGGCCUUCCGGGAUGUAACAGUGCAGAUCGACAGCCAGAACUUCAGAGUUUCAUCCUCAGUCAUGGAAUCAUCAACCUCAGUCACUCUUGGCAGCUGUAUUCAACAAGGGGCCUCCACCUUUGUAACAACCACUUCCUCAACCACAAACUCCACACCAGGCCCUCUCACACAUGGACCAUCAGAUGAACCCCCACCUCCAGAGGCCCCCACAGAACCAAUAGAUGCCCCACCACCACCUCAAGAGCCCCCACCACUCCCGGCAGAGACAGAAAUAGAAGAAGAUGAACAGGAAGUUGAAUUUCCUGCCCCUCCCCCUAGUGAAGAGGAGCUGAGUGAUGAGAUCCAACCUCCUCUCACCCCCCUUGAUAAGAUGUCUGCCAUUCAAAGUUUAGACGAGGUGGCACCACCACCACCGACUGAGCCCGCUCAUGUCCCCAUUCUUCAGGAGCCCACGCUGCCGAGGAGCUCUCCUAUGGUGGAGCCUCUUGACGUCAAGAGAUGCGGCUCAGAGACGGCGGACAACAGCUCGGAGCAGAUGAGCAGCAGCAGCACGUCGACGGAGGCGCGCUCGACGUCUGAGGCCUCAUCCAAAGAGGCGCUGCAGGCUAUGAUCCUCAGCCUUCCACGCUACCACUGUGAGAAUCCCGCCAGCUGUAAAUCCCCCACGCUCUCCACCGACGUCAUGCGGAAACGCCUGUACCGGAUCGGCCUCAACCUCUUCAAUCUAAACCCUGACAAAGGCCUUCAGUUCCUGAUCUCCCGCGGUUUCAUCCCAGACACGCCCAUCGGCGUAGCCCACUUUCUGCUCCAGAGGAAGGGCCUCAGCCGACAAAUGAUUGGGGAAUUCCUAGGAAACAGCAAGAAGCCGUUCAACAGAGAUGUCCUGGAUUGUGUGGUGGAUGAGAUGGACUUCUCAGGCAUGGAGCUGGAUGAAGCACUGAGAAAGUUUCAGGCCCACAUCCGUGUCCAAGGAGAAGCCCAGAAGGUGGAACGUCUUAUUGAGGCCUUCAGCCAGAGGUACUGUAUGUGCAACCCUGACGUGGUGCAGCAGUUUCACAACCCAGACACCAUCUUCAUCCUGGCCUUUGCCAUCAUCCUCCUCAACACUGACAUGUACAGCCCCAACAUUAAGCCAGACCGCAAGAUGCUGUUGGAGGACUUCAUACGUAAUCUGCGAGGUGUCGACGAUGGAGCAGAUAUUCCCAGAGACAUGGUGGUGGGCAUUUACGAAAGAAUGCAACUGAGAGAGCUCCGCUCAAAUGAAGACCACGUCACCUACGUCUCCAAAGUUGAGCAGUCCAUAGUAGGGAUGAAAACGGUUCUCUCCGUCCCUCACAGAAGAUUAGUGUGCUGCAGUCGACUUUUCGAGGUAACAGACGUCAACAAGGCACAGAAACAGGCGGCGCACCAGAGGGAAGUCUUCCUCUUCAAUGAUCUCAUAGUGAUUUUGAAGCUUUGUCCAAAGAAGAAGAGUUCUGCCGCCUAUACUUUCUGCAAAGCUUUGGGCCUACUUGGCAUGCAGUUCCAUCUUUUUGAAAAUGAAUACUACCCUCAUGGAAUCACAAUCCUCUCCCCUUACGGCUCAGACAAGAAGCAGGUGCUCCACUUCUGUGCCCAAAGUGCAGAGGAGCUGCUCAAGUUUGUUGAAGACCUAAAGGAAUCGAUCGCAGAGGUGUCAGAAAUGGAGCAGAUACGCAUUGAGUGGGAGCUAGAAAAGCAGCAAGGAGCCAAGACACAUUCAGUUAAGAGCAAUGGGACACAGCUAGAGCUGCGCAGCAAACAGGGCUCGCUAUCAGGAAACACAGAGAUAGAUGAAAGAAGCGGACACAAUGCAGUUGAGGUGUCAAUUCACAACAGGCUUCAGACGUACCAGCUCAGCAGCAGUGCGGCUCAGAGCCCCGAGAGCGCGACCCUUCUUAACAGCCGUGGGGAGCUGCUUUUCCAGCAGGGGUUAACACAGGGGCCGGUGCCUCCACCUCAGCACCCGCGGCUGCAUUCCGCGGCGAGCACCCCCGCCCACCACCUCCCCAUUCAGCUGCAGCACCAACCCGCCGUGAGCGUGGCCGACCUGCGACCCGAAGCGCUCAUCCAGUGCCAGCGGAUCGUCAAAGUCAUCAUGCUUGACAGCAGCGGCCACGGACGCGUGGAGGCCUUCCUCAGCCAGACGCCCACCCACCACCACCACCACCACUACCAGCACCACCACCACCAGCUGAGCCAGUCUGCGAUGUCCAGCCCCGUCCGCUCACCAGACGGCUCGUACGGCAAUGACGGGCACCAGCCCCCGUUGCCUCCCCCGCCUCCACCUUACAACCAUCCACACCAGUACAUACCCCCGGACCCCCGCCUCAGUCUACACCGGACCCCUAGCGGCUCUCAGAGUAUGUUGUAAAUAAAUCGACACAAAAUUUCACAAAAACCUUCCUUCAGCCGAUUUAAGAUGCAUCUGUACAUAAUGUACAGGUACUGUAUACAUACAGAUGAAAGAGCUAUAAUGAGAAAAUAAAACUCCACUUAUAUGCAUAUAUCUAAAGAAAAUAUUAAAAUAAUAAAGGUUUUAAAUCAGACUAGGAGAAAUAAAGUCCAUCUAUAUAUAUAUAUUGCUCAUGUAUUUUGAAAUUUUAUGUAGUUUUAACAAAUUUCUAUAACUUUUAUGUCAGUUUUAUCUCUUGCAAGGGGAAAAUAGAAACUAUAGAUACUGAAUUUAGUUUGGGGAUGGAUUCUUUCUUCACUUCUUACCACAAAUGAAUCCUUGAAACUUUUUUGUGAUAAUUUCCAGGAAUGGAUGCUCAACACUCCAAGGACCUCCCGCUUCUUGUGUUUUCUUUCUUUUGUCUCAGACCCCACGCCUACUUACUGUGCCGUAUGUACACAUGCGUGUAUAGCUGACGCUUAAUGGAAAACAUGUGCCAAAAAUACAUAUGCCUCCACUAAACAAUGACUUCUUUGCACUUGACUGAAUGCUAAAGCUUAAAGAGAUAAAUACAAAAAAAGCAGAAAAAAUACUUUAAGAUAGUAGUGCUUUCGGGCCUCUUCUAGCCAUUUGCGCUUUUGCUGACUUAUUUAUGUAAUAGACGGCCUCCUUCUCUUCCUCUCAACUCUGCUAGAUUAAGAAAGAAAAUGUUUUUCUGUGAAAAGCUGUUUUUUUAUCCACCUUUCUGUUGUAUUGUGUCUGUAUCACCUAAGAACACUCAGUGGUUGUUUAACAUAGACCAGUGGUUCUCAAACGUUUUAUAGCAAGUACCACCAUAAUAAAGCUUUCCACAUUGACACACAUAAGAACAACAAUACUGCAGGACUUAGGAGUUUUUGAGUUUGAUUAUGUAAUUUGGAAAACUUAAUUUACACUGCAGGCUAAGUUGCAGAAUUUAAUUGUGCCCCAUAUUUAUUUUAAUUUCUCAGACUCAAACUGAAAACAGUCACAAGUAGGUCAGGUGAAGUUCAAAGUACAGCUGGAAAAGAUGUUAAUUUCUGACCAACUGAACCUCAAAGUAGUAGUAGUAGACAUUUUGAAUAAUUUUUAAAAUUUAAAUUUUUAAAUCUUUUAUUCUGUACUAUUUGGGGACAAUCAAACAAUUUAUAGAAUAAUCUUGAAAAACAACUUAAGUAAUCCAAUUGUCAAUAAAUCAGCACAAAUGUACAAAUUUGUAAAUUUGGUUAUUUGUGACGAAGUGGAAUGAAAAACUGCCACUGAUCCGGAUUAUGAACCUAAUGGUACUUGUUUUCCGAUUGAGAAGGUCAGAAAUAUGAAUGUAACCAAUACCAUUUGGAAACGAGAAAGUUGAAAAGGUCUUAUGUGAUGAUUCCUGUGCAGUUCCUUGGUAAUGGCAAAACCUUUCCAUAGGCCAUCAGUUAUGAUAUGAUCAUCUUAUAUUAAUCUUAACUGAUAAGAGGCAGAAUUGCUUUCUAAAUGCUGACAGAUUUAAACUUUUUCUUGGGUUUCUGUGCUUUUCUGUUCAUUUUCAGCAUGCCUUCAAUUCUUAUCUCCUUUGUCAUUCCACUUUAUUACACAUGUCUAAUGCGCUAAUUUGGUUAGAUUUCUUAGUUAGUGCGGAUUACAUCAUCGACAGCCCUGUUAUUAACAUUUACUAACACUGUAAGUAACCAGUAACUUGGUCUCUCACAAUAUUAGUUAACAAUCUGACUGGUUUUUGAACAUGGAGCUGGAACACAGUGAACUUGCACACUAGUAAGUAGCUACCAGUAAUAGCUACUCUCCUAGUCUGUACAUGGAAUUAACAAAAGUGUUUCCACCACACCUCAAUUUUGAGAUGUUUCUGGAAAUAACUCUACUCAAAUUGCUUAUCUUGGUUACUGUUGGAUUUUUAAUGGCCUACAUCACGUUACUUUGCAAAUUUCCUCGAAUACCACUAAAGGCACUGGUACUUGUAGCAUAGUUUGAGAACCAUGGUCAUAAAUCAUUUAGGAUUAAUAGGAAUGAAAGACAACCAUGAGAAUGUGCUACUGGUGAACCAAAUUCAAUUAAUCCAUGGUGGUUCAUCUUCUUGAAGGCCAUUUGUCAGAGUGUGAAGGAAAUUGGAGUGGGUUCAUACUUUAAAGGGGUAUUAUGUAAAUCUCUUCACGUGUAACAUACUGUAUGUACAACACACUGUGAUCCGCUGCAAUUUUGUCAAAUGUACCCUUUUCAGGAAAUCCUAAAUGAAAUCACGCAAAGAUGCUUCAGAUACAAAUGUUAAAAUCUGUGUUUACAUUGAUUUGUCUUUGUGCUACCAUCGACCAUGUUCCCUUUGGUGGAUUACCGCUUGCUCAUCUGCGAAACUCUCUGCGCUGUACAUUCUCACAUCUCCAAGGUUCCAUCUCGGAUUCUCCUGACUGUUUUUUCGCCCGUCAUGACCUUUCAGACUUGACAUUUUCCAGGAAAAAGGGGAGAGGGGAGGCAAGAACUACAUGUAGCUUCUAUUGCAAAUGAUGGCAUUAACCCUCCUCUUUGUGCUGUUGUCUUUACUGCUUAUAUUAAGAAUGGGACAAAAAGAAUGCACUAUCUGAUCUCUUUCUGUUUCACCUCAGCUUAGAUUGUAAAUACCACAUGUGAGUGGAGUUGGGGAGGACAUGCAAGCUACCUUCAGCCUCUUUCAAAUUGCCGUUGUCCUGUCAUGCGUCCUUCUUGCUGAAGUAGGUCAGCAGCUGCCCGAGCCCAAGCUCGUCCGUCUCUUAAAAUGUAAGCCCCCACCAGGUUCCGUGGAAUGGAUGAUCAGUUAACUCUGCUCCCAUCUGACCUCCAUAUGUCUGAUUUGUUGAUUUAUAAUCACACACCCAGUGCGGGAAGGUCUCUAUCUCAUCAUCUUUCUGUCCUUUUCCCCCGACUUUCACCUUGUGAAAAGACGGUGGAGGGGAGGGAAAAAAGUAGGCUUGUGUUCCAGUAGGCAGAGUUGAUGAGUGUUCAUUCUCAACAAAUCCAUCCGCCCCGUUGUUUCCAUCCCACUGAUUGCUUUUACUGUUGUUUCAUAAUGCAAUGAGAGGAAUUAGCACUUUCAAAAUGAAUGAAUAGCUCCAAUGAUUAGUUUAAUAUUUUUACUGGCUUGGAACACACUUUCAACAGUUAUGUAAUGAAUUUUAGCAGAUUACGUUGAGUUCUAAUGUUUUGGAUUAUACACUGGUUUAUGAUGAUUGUACUUGUUUGUUUGAGACAACUUUUAGAUAUAAUAGGAUGGAUCUUUUUGUUCUUUUUUGGUAGUUUUUUUUCUUUUUUUUUUUUUAUUUUUUUUGUACUGCAUGGCAUUGGUUUGACAAUGUAUUGAUUGAACCCUAAUUCCAAAAAGGCUUGAACUUAACAGGCAUGAGUGACAUGUUUAAGAAAAGUGAUGUUUUUGGUUUUUAAUAGGUAACACCCUCAAAAGACUCAAACAGUAAGUUUCAGUGCCUCGUGACAGAGCAGUUGCCUGUUCCAUGUUCCCUUUUUGUUUUUAACCAACCCGUUCUUGUUCCUCAGUUUGAGUAUUGUGUGUUUCAGGAAUUUCGGAGCACAGAUUUGACAGCUGGGCAAUAAACAUGAACACGAGAACACGAACACGAGGUUGGAUUUGAGUGAAAAUUUCAAUGUAGCAUUUUGAAAGUGUAGCAAAUGGAACUUGUAAGGAAGAAACUUUCAAAAGGGCUUUGUCAUACCAGUGCACACCUUCAUCAGCUAAUGACGAAUGGAUCUCGACGGCCUGUCAAUCACUGUGUUUGCUCAAUACCAUGUAGAAAGGUGUAGAAAUGGAGGACACGUUUGAGGCUACACAGGUGAAACCAUCUUUUUCCUCAGUUGAAUCAUUCCUCUACCUGUAUUUACAGUAUAUCAACUUGAAAUUAAAGAUUAUUUAAGUGAAUUCACCAA